AUGACACAGAUCACUGGAGUAAAUAAUACAUCUAUCAUGGGGCGUCGUUUAACUGGACCGUCUGCGAGAACUCGUGAUGCACAACCCCUUCCAAUAUCAACACAACAUAAUUCAUCUACAACAAAUGAUCGAAACAAUCUAUCACAACAUGAUGAACUUAUUCAUUUUGUUGGUGGUUCAUGGAAUGUUAUUUUUCAAGAAUAUCAAAAUGGAUGCCAAGGAUCUAAUGGUCGUUUUCAUAUACAGUUCUAUGAAGAAGGAAAUAGUGAUACAUUAAAAGGAUUUAAACCCUUUGAUCUAGAAGCUUGGUGGGGAAAACAAACCAUCCAACGAUACCAACAACGUUCCUAA